CGCACACGGGGCCCGUCGCGACAACAUCACAACACGAGCGCGUCUCCUCGCCCGCCCCAACACUCCCCCCUUGUGCCCCCCUCGUCUCCUGCUGCCUCCUGCAGGAGGACGACGACGACCGCUCCUUCCCCCGAGUGCUACUCCGCUAGUGGGCCCCCUGGAACUGUAGACACCCCCUCCCCCUCCUGACGUAGAUUGUGGUGGAUAUUGUAGUAGUGUAGCGAGGCAACACUUGGAGGGACAGGUGUGUGUGUGUGUGUGUGUGGUGUUUUCCGUCUCGCCUGUCAUGGAGGCUUCCCGUCAGGCCUCCUAGUCUCCGGCGCCGCCAUGGGCCUCUCCUACUGACUGUGGUGCAGGUGAUGGUGGGAGGGUAGGCGGCAGGAUGCCCCGGGUGUCGCUGCGCCGCGGGCUGCUCUACCUGUCGGCGGCCACCACCUUCUCCCUCCUCCUGGUGUCCGUCCACCAGCCGGGGGGCGCUUGGCUCCACGCCCCCGCGCCCUCGCCCCUCGCCCUGCGUCGCGCCCCCCACCUCGACCACCCGGUCAUCGAGGUGGCGGAGGAGGGCGCGGAGAGCGGCGCCCAUCCCGCCGGGGAGGGCCAGGGCAGCCCAGACCCGUACCCGCCGGUGCUGCCCUCCGCGCCCCGCCCCCAGCCCCUGCCCAACAUCACCCUCACCACGCUACCCCCGCGCCGCCGGCCCUGGUACCUGAAGGGCGGGGAGAUGCGGCCGGAGGCGCCGGUGGAGCCGGAGCAGUGGGUCCGGCGGGAGCGGCUGUGGCCCGAGGAGGACCCUGACGACCGCAUCGUGGACCAGCUCAUGUUCCGGCCGCCGCCGCCCCUCCUGCUGGAGGACCACCCGGACCCCGCCGCCCCGGACAAGGCCCUCCCGUACUUUAAGAAAAUCCUGAUGUACAACGGGAUGAACUCGUGGGGCCUGAGGGCGGGCCGCGGGCAGUUCCUGAAGCUGAAGUGCCCGGUGGACACGUGCGUGCUGACGGGGAGCCGCUCGGAGCUGACCUCGGCCGACGCCAUCAUGUACAAGGACCACUUCAGCAUGCCGGCCCACAGCCGCGACCCGCGCCAGGUGUGGGUCAUGUUCAUGCUGGAGUGCCCGCUACACACUCAGCACUUCACCAACAGGAACGUCUUCAACUGGACCGCCACCUACCGCCACGACUCCGACAUCGUGGCGCCCUACGAGAAGUGGGUCUACUACGACAACUCCCUCCGCCAGAAGCCGCAGGAGAUCAACUACGCCGCGAACAAGACCAAGCAAGUGGCGUGGUUCGUGUCCAACUGCGGCGCGCGGAACAACCGCCUCCAGUACGCCAAGGAGCUGGGCAAGUACAUCGGGGUGGACAUCUUCGGCGCCUGCGGCACCAAGCGCUGCCCGAGGUCCAACUCCGCCAAGUGCUUCGAGAUGCUCAACAGGGACUACAAGUUCUACCUGGCCUUCGAGAACUCCAACUGCCGCGACUACAUCACCGAGAAGUUCUUCGUCAACGGCCUCAGGGGACUUCCGAAUCAGAAAAGCCACCACAUCCUGCCUAUCGUGAUGGGCGCCCACCCCGAGGACUACGCCCGCCAGGCUCCACACAAGUCAUACAUACAUGUUGACGACUUCGAGUCGCCUAAAGAACUUGCCAACUUUCUUCAUCUUCUUGAUCAAAAUGAUGAUCUUUAUAAUGAGUAUUUUAGGUGGAAAGGUACGGGAGAGUUCAUCAAUACAUACUUUAUGUGUCGGCUGUGUGCGAUGCUUCAUGAUGAUACUCACCAGCAACACUAUGAAGACAUCAACGUCUGGUGGCGAGGGACAGGGACAUGUAUCAGUGGCUCCUGGAGGAAGUACGAUAAGUUUAAGAUGGAGCCAGAGAAGAAAAAAGCUCCAGAGGGUUAAUAUUUCUCCAGUGUUGAAAAACGAGUCUUGAUCAAAACAGGUUAUCGCAGAAAAAAAUUUGACAAUAAAAGUUUCAAGUAAUUUAUUGAGAAGAAGUUCAUAGUCCUAAUGACAGUGGUGUGUGUCAUGAAAAGAUUUCAUGACUGGAAGCAUUAAGAAUUUCUUUACAAGAAUACAGUGGAACCUCAAUAUUUGUCAUUAAUCUGUUCUUGAGGGCCAGGCGAUUAUGGAAACAAUUUUCCCCAAAAGAAAUAACCGAAUUUCAAUUACUCCAUUCCCAGCCCCCCAAAAUAAUACAUAAAUUAUACAUAAAAUAAUACAAAAACUCCAGUUGUGGUGAGCGUUGUCGUUUUAUCCCCUUUGCCGACAGUUCACUAGCACUUAAUUUAGAAAAAGAAUGUUGGACAAAUUCUUUGCUGUCACACACACACACACACACACACACACACACACACACACACACACACACACACACACACACACACACACACACACACACACACACAUAUAUAUAUAUAUAUAUA